AUGAAGUGGGAGACACUCAUUCUUUUGCUUUUCCUACUCAGUUCGGCGGAAUCCACACCACUGCAUCGAAAUGAUUCUUCACCGUGUUCUACAGAGAAGCACUUGGUUAACCUAGCCACCAUAUUUGUUGCCCAGUUUGCCCAGGAAGCCACUUUCGAGGAAGUCAAUAAAAUGGUAGCUGAUGCGUUGGCUGCAAGGAAGAAUCACACGGAGCAGCCGGCAGGCUGUUUGGAAGGUCAGUACACGUGGGGUUCACAGGACAACAUUAGUAUUGCCAGACUUAGCAGGCAAACAAUGAUCGACUCAAUCGAUCAGAACAAUGUUACUGUAAAGGUGUUGUACAGAGAGGUCACAGUGACCUACGUCAGAAUUGCACGUUCCAGAAGCCAGAGAGGGAAGGCGCUGGAUCCCCGCGGAGGAGAGGGGGUGCACGGGGAUCUGCACGGGGAUCUGCAUGGGGAUCUGCACUGGGAUCUGCACUGGGAUCUGCCUGGGGAUCUGCACUGGGAUCUGCACUGGGAUCUGCACGGGGAUCUGCACGGGGAUCUGCACUGGGAUCUGCACUGGGAUCUGCACGGGGAUCUGCCUGGGGAUCUGCACUGGGAUCUGCACGGGGAUCUGCACGGGGAUCUGCACUGGGAUCUGCACUGGGAUUCUCACUGGGAUCUGCACUGGGAUUCUCACUGGGAUCUGCAGUGGGCUCUGCAGUGGGCUUUGCAUUGGGAUCUGCAGUGGGAUCUGCAGUGGGCUCUGCAGUGGGCUCUGCAGUGGGAUCUGCACUGGGAUCUGCAGUGGGAUUCUCACUGGGAAUGCACGGGGAUCUGCACGGGGAUCUGCACUGGGAUUCUCACUGGGAUCUGCACGGGGAUUCUCACUGGGAUCUGCACUGGGCCCUGCAGUGGGAUUCUCACUGGGAUCUGCACUGGGAUCUGCACAGGUUCUUUCCUGGAGGGCCGGCUGGCCGUGUUUCUGGACGAGGUCUGCCUCCCGAAGGACGCGGGUGCGCGGGACGCCCAGGAGAGGCUGCGCUGCUUCCCGGGGCGCGGGAGGACCCUGCCCGCCCAGGACCCCGACCCCGGCUGCCUGGCCUUCGAGGAGAGCCGGGACGCGCCCCGCAACCGAUCCAUCGAUCACACCGCCGGAAGUCACCCCUUCCUGUACAUUCCUGCCGCCCUCCAUUCGGCUGCUAGCCGUGCCCUAGCAAUGCCCCUGUGCUGCGAAGCCGACGAUACAGCAGAGUGCUUUCAAGUCAAGACUGAAUCCAUUACAAAAGAAUUAAGAGAAAGAAGCUGGGUAAAUCAGCAUAUAUGCGCAAUAUUGAACCAGUAUGGGCCCCUAGACGUCCUUACUACCAAGCUGAGUCAAAAACUUCCCAAACUCAAUUUUACUGAAAUUCAGAAGUUGGUCCAGGAAGUGGCCCUCCUACACCAGAAAUGUUGCCAAGAAGGCGUGAUGGAGUGUCUUCAGUUUAUUUAUAAAUUUAGAGCAUCUCUAUGUUCCCGAGAAGAUAUUCUGUCAAGCAAACUAGGACGGUGCUGCAAAGUGUCCAUGUUUGAACUUGGUAAUUGCCUAAUCCAUGGAGACACUGACGGCAAGCCCGGAGAUCUUUCUCCAAACCCCAACCGGUUUUUAGGAGGUAGAAAUUUCAGCCAAUUUUCUUCAGAGGAGAAGAACAAGUUCUUGGCAAGCUUUCUUCACGAAUAUUCACGAAGACAUACCAAACUUCCUGUCACAGUAAUCCUAAGAGUUGCUACGGGAUAUGAGGAAGUGGUAAAGAAGUGUUUGCAAUCUGAAAAUCCUUCUGAAUGUCAGGACAAGGGGGAAGAAGAAUUGCAAAAGUCCGUGCAGGAGAGUCAAGCACUGGCUCACCAGAGCUGUGGCCUCUUCCAUGAACUGGGGGACUAUCGCUUACAGAACGUGCUCCUGGUGGCGUACACCAAGAAGGCCCCUCAGCUGAGCCCGGCCGAGCUGAUGGAGCUGUCGGGGAAGAUGGUGCAGGCGGCCGCCACCUGCUGCGCGCUCCCUGAGGACAAGUGGCUGGCGUGCGGCGAGCAUGCGGCCGACCUCAUCAUCGGACAGCUGUGCAUCAGACACGCAGCGGCUCCCGUUAACCCCGGCGUCGGCCGAUGCUGCAACGCCUCCUAUGCCAACAGGAGGCCCUGCUUGACCAACAUGACGGCGGACGACACUUACGUCCCCCCUCCGUUCUCGGAGGACAAAUUCAUCUUCCACAAGGAUCUGUGCCAAGCUCAGGGCAGCCAGGUGCACACCGUGAAGCAAGAGCUUCUCAUUAACCUCGUGAAGCAAAAGCCACAAAUAACGGAGGAGCAGCUCAAGGCCGUCACUGCCGAUUUCUCAGGCCUUCUGGAGAAGUGCUGUCAAGACCGGGAUCCGGAAGUCUGUUUCUCAAAAGAGGGUCCAAAACUGAUUUCAAAAACUCGUGCAAGGUUGGGAGUUUAACAUACUUCAGGUGGCUUCAACAUUACCCAGAAAUUUAUAGAAGAGAACAGUGGAUCCUUGUGA